AUGUCACAAAAUGCGUUUGUGAAAGAUUUACAGAACAAGAUCAGCAUCAAUUUUGCGGUUAAUGUGAGUUUCUUGAUUUUUUUUUGGAAAAUAUUUGAAAAUUCAAUGGAAAUAUUGUUUAGUAUCUUGGAAGUGUACCAAUCGAAACAUCGGUGAAUGAGAUGGUGAAAGAUUUACGAACUCAAACGAUAAGGUGGGAGACCAGAUCCGAUCUUGAAGUCGAACUUGGAGCCCUCGAUGUGAGAGUUCCCAAGCAUGUAUUUUGCUAGCCAGAAAAUUUCCCGCAUUUUUCUAGAUCUGACGAUCCGGGGGCUAAAGUCAAUGUAGAUGUAGUAAAAUAAUUUUUCGAUCUAUGAAGAUAAUUUCAGAGAAUGCAUAUCACACCUUGCCGGUCUGGUAGAAUUAGGACCACCUCACGAAGUGAAUUCUGUAGUCGGAAGAGUAAGUCACACCCCUUUACUCACUUCCCACCAAUAACUUCUAGAUAAUCGGUGAGUUCAAAGUCGAAAACAGUCCAGUCGAGAUCAACGUCUCCUCGAAUAUGGUGAAAAUCAUCAAAAACAAUCGAAUCGCUCAUCGACAUCCGCUGAGUUUUUGGUCGAUCGGAGCAGCUGGUGAGAAUGAGACGGCGACAAUGUUCGGAUAUAUUGCCAAGAAUUUUGAUGGAACUGAUCGACGUUGUCAUGUUUUGGAUAUUGGGGAUAGUGAGGAAGUUGCUAGAUUUGCUGAAUGCUUGAAUUCAGCUCUUGGGGUGAUGGUAUUGGUGAGUGAGGGAUUGUGGAAAAACUUUCUAGAAGUACACUGGCUAGGGAGCUUCUAUGUAUGCCACAAGUAUGUAAUGAUCAGCGCCUAGAGAUCCUAGUUCUCCAGUAGCCAAGCUUGAACCCGAAUAACAGCUCUAAAAAUCACCAAAAUUUCACAGGAAGCCGAACCGCCAAAACCCAGCACAUCUCGACGAAACGACGGUUUCGCAGUGCCGAUUCCCCCGAAACGUCGUUCCCACCUUGCCGAAAUCGCCACCAACCUCGAACGCCAACUCUAUUAUCACGGAAAAAUUUCGCGCGAAGAAGCUCUGCCGCUUCUCACAAAAGCCGGCGAUUUUCUGGUUCGACAAAGCAAUAAAUCACCGGGACAGUUUAUAUUGAGUGGUUUGACGGAGAAUAAUGAGUAUAAACAUUUGAUGCUUCUCGAUGAAUCGGUAAGGGAGUUCAAAUCUACUACCAGUUCCCAACCUGUAUUUUCCAGCACAAAAUAGUAACCUGUGUUGGUCAAUUCAAAACUGUCAGCGAUCUUGUCGAUUAUUAUAUGUCAAAAGGGCUACCGGUUGUUGUCAAUUCGACGUCCAUUCAACUGCGUCGACCAAUUUUGAGAAAACAUUAA